AUGUCUACCUAGGAAACAGUAUAAAGAACAUGCUUAAUUCAUGAAAAUAUAGAAAUUAUUGCUAUUGAUCUUACUUAAUCCCAGAGGGAGAAAUAAGAUGAUAAAUAUUUAUGUGUUUAGUGUCUAAUCGACAAGAUUGGAAUAAACACAAUUGUGUUGUAUGAUAACACCAUAGAUAUGAUUAAAGAAAUGAAGAGUAAAGCCAAAAAGAUAACUUAGGACAUGACCUAAGUAAGAGUGAAUAAUAUAAAAUAACUUUAAUAAUCUAUUUUAGAUUAUGAUUAACUAACAAAGGAAGUGAUAAGUAAAUUGUAAAAUAAUAUUAAUCAACAAAUUAUUGAGGGUGAGAAAGAAAUAGAAUUAAGAGAUUAACAAAUGGAUUCAAUAAAUUUGGAAGAAGACAUUCCAAUUCUAUCGAGCCUUUAUAAAGGAAAUAAUCAAUUUGAAAUUCCUAAUUAAUCAUAUAAUUCAGAAACUAUUUCAUAGUUUUUAGAUUAACUUGAGCAAUCCCUUCAUUAAAUAUCAAUUUCUUAAUAAAUCUCAUCAAUAUAUUCAUAGAUAAAAAAAAUAAAAUAAUAAUUUUCAAUACAAUUAGAAUUUGGAAAAAUAGAUAAAUAUAGAACUCCAAGUUUAAAAUAAGUUUGUAAAAUACAUGAAUAAGAGAUAAUAAUGGUUGAUAUAAGUAGAUGUGACAGUGAAUAAUAAAAUAGAUUAGCAUGUGUUGAAUGCAUUUAACAAUUUCCUAAUAAAUAUGUUUCAUUAAAAGAAGCUUAUAAAAGAUGGAAUCAAUAUAAAGAAUAAUAAUAUAAAAUGAAUUCAGAUUUUAAAAAUCAUAGAUAAUCAAAGUUUGAUUUAGGAGUUUAAAUAGUUUCUGAAUUUCAACACUCAGUUAAAAAUCGAAUAAAUGAAAUAAUUUAAUCUCUUGAAGCAUAAUUUAAAUUAGAUUCAUAAAUAAUAUUAAUAGAAAAUGAUUAAAAGAAUUUAAAUAUAGAUGAAUUAGAUGAAUAAGAAAUAUUAAAAGUUUUAAAUAUUUUAAGCUAAAAAGAUUAACAUUUAAAUUAAAAAAAAUAAUUAGAAAAAUUAAAUUAAGAAGAUUCAAUAUUUUAUACUAAUUUAAAAUAGAAUUUAGAUUAUCUUAUUAAAUAGAAUAUCUUAACUAAAUAUAACAUAAUCAAUGUUUUUAUUGAUAAUUAAUAAGAAUUAUUAACUAUUAAUGAUAUUGAUUCAAUAGAUUCAAAUUUGAAUUAAUUAGAUGAAAAGUCUAUGAUUAAAAAAUUCAAAUUGUUAGAAUAUAUUACUCAAAUUAUUAAUGACUCUUUUAAUUUUUAUAAAAAUUGA